AUGGAACCCACACCCCAAAACCUCCAUUUUGUUCCUCGAUUCAUCUUGAGAAAAUUCGCAGCGAAAGAUCAACCACCGGCAGGCCCACGCAAUGAUUACCAUGGAAGGAAGAAAAGAUCCAGAAAUCGCCGGGACUUGCUUGUAAACAAGGUUGAUCUUGAAAUGUCUACUUUAACCCAGCGGCCUGUUUCGACCGAAUUUGCCCUUGUGGACAUGUAUCGGGAUCCUGGUUUCGACCAGAACCCCUAUCAUCUGGAGAAAAAGCUUUCCAAACUUGAGAGCGAUACGAGUAAAAUUAUUCUUCGUGCAUACAGCCAGUUUGCCCAAGGCUUGAUUCUUGAACUCGAGCGGAUUGAAGUGGACAAACUGCGAGGAUUCCUUUUCCUUAUGAAAUAUCGGAAUUCAGGAAUGUUCGCUCGGUAUAAUCAUGAUCACAUUGAUGAUUACAACGCGGAUGACCGAGAGCGCAUGGCGGAAUAUAUGAGGUCAAGGGGCUUUUCUAAACCACGCGAUGUCUGGUUCGACAACUUGCGAGAAUUCCUGGACCUCGAAAUGGACCCCGCCAAGGCUUGGAUCGAAACCCUCAAAACUCGGAUAUAUCCUGACGAUGCUAUGAUGAUGAUACUGCAUCUCACACAUAGCUUCCUUGCCUUUUGCGAACCGAUGUCCUCGGACGAUGAAUUUCUUCUUACUGAGAAUGCGUACGCCGUGUUUGAAGGCCCGUCGACCGAGACGUUAAACCCUCUGACCCAAGAAUCCAAUCACAUAUACAAUGAGUACCAUAACUUCGCUCCUUUAUCCCCAAGGCUGAUGAUUGUCUUGCGAAGCCAUCUGCUUGGCUCACAAGACCAGGUGACUGGAUCUAUAUUAGAACCACUGUUAGAGGCAGCUCGAUCUCAACAUCUCUACCCUGAUAAAGCGGGAUCAAUUUUGCAAGACCUUCCUAUCCGCAAAUGCGACACGGUCUAUGUUCAGAAGAACAUUACUUCAAUUGCCUCCUUAAGACCCAACGACCGAUUUUGUUUCCAAUGCUUCAAGAUUUCGUCGCGCCAUAUAACUCUUAUUAACAACAUCCUUCUGGAAGAAGCGUACACCACCUCCUCAAUCGUGUUUCAUUCAAAGUCAUCGCUCAAGGUCAACAUAGAGAGAUACCUCGAAGAUGACACCCUCGGGAUGAAGAACACUAUGAGCAGCCCAUUCGAUGAGCGUCGUCUGUAUUUGACCACCCUUGAAAGGAUUAUGCGUCAACUUGGGGGAUCUACCGUUUGCAAAACCCGCCAUUUCCGCCCUGGUGUCCGUUCUCCCCAACUGCACAUGUCACUUUCUGUCGCCGCAAGACUUGCCAUAGAGUUGUUGCAAAGCGAGGAAACUGAAUCCUCUAUUCCUCCAGUUUAUUCUCUUCUAAAACCAGGAGCAAGCCGGAAGACCUUUUGGAACGAUGUCCAUCAAGCGAGUCUCAUGUUAUUAUUAAGGAUCAAGGUCGAUGUGAUCCUCAAAGACUCCAGUCUAAAUAACCUGGACAAGGACUACGUUCGAUUCUCUCGGCAAAGGUUCUUCAUGGAAUUCCCCGUUGAACGAUUAUGGUUGUACUUUAAAAUCGCACGCAAUAUGGGGAAGUUUGAUCUUGGUGACUUCAACAAGCAGAUUGCGGAUCUUGAAAUUACUGGAGUAGAAGAUAAAUUCGGCAAAUUUCUUGCUUAUUUCCCUGAGAAACGAGAGUAUCUCGUGCAAAUGAUGUACUUUCAAGCUCUGACUUGA